AUGGCCUCUCUCCUUCGGGCCUCUUCUCGCCUUCAUCCGUUCUCCCAUUUCAAUCCCAUUCGCUACAUCACAUCAACCAGCAAGCAGGGCGCAUCAGCAGCGGCUGCCAGCGUACAGGAGUCCAAUGGCGAGCAUGCCUUCUUCCCUGAUGAGCCACAGCACCCAACUGUCCGCACAGCUAUACCAGGACCGCAAAGCCAGAAAGCAAUCGCAGAGCUGGACAAAGUCUUCGAUACGCGAAGCUUGAAUAUGCUAGCCAAUUAUCGCAACAGUUUUGGGAACUACAUUGCGGAUCCGGAUGGAAAUGUGUUGUUGGACGUGUAUGCACAGAUAGCAUCGAUACCAGUGGGAUACAGUAAUCCGAAUCUGCUUGUUGCUGCCCAAUCGCCCGAGAUGGCCAGCGCCAUGAUCAAUCGACCUGCCUUGGGCAAUUUUCCACAGCAUGACUGGGCCAACAUACUCGAGACAGGCAUUUUACGAGUAGCACCAAAGGGUUUGGAUCAAGUCUUCACUGCGAUGGCAGGUUCGGACGCAAACGAAACCGCAUACAAAGCAGCUUUCAUGUGGAAGCGGCGGCAAGAGCGUGGAGGACCCGACGUCGAUUUCUCAGCAGAGGAGAUUUCUUCCUCGAUGAACAAUCAGAAACCCGGGUCGCCAGACAUGUCUAUUCUCUCUUUCCGCACCGCCUUCCAUGGCCGGCUUUUCGCAUCUCUCUCAACAACCCGCAGCAAACCGAUCCACAAGCUCGACAUCCCUGCCUUUGACUGGCCACAAGCCCCAUUUCCCCACCUCAAAUACCCCCUUGAGCAACACGCGCAAGAAAAUGCAGAGGAAGAAGCUCGUUGCCUGGCAGAGACCGAAGAUCUGAUCCAAAACUACCACAAUCCUGUCGCGGCUGUCAUGGUCGAGCCCAUCCAAUCCGAGGGUGGUGACAACCAUGCCUCCGCAGACUUCUUCAAGGGCCUACGUGCCAUCACGAAGAAGCACAAUGUUCUUUUGAUCGUCGACGAGGUGCAGACAGGCGUCGGAGCAACCGGCAAGUUCUGGGCGCACGAGCAUUGGAAUAUGGAUGAGCCGCCGGACAUGGUGACAUUCUCCAAGAAAGCUCAGACCGCGGGGUACUAUUAUGGGAACCCGGAGUUGAGACCCAACAAGCCAUACAGGCAGUUCAAUACCUGGAUGGGCGACCCAGCACGUGCGAUCUUAUUCCGAGCCAUUAUCCAGGAGAUUGAGAGACUGGAUCUCGUGGAGAAUACGGCGCAGGUGGGUGAGUAUUUGUACAACGGAUUGGAGGGUUUGGCGAAGAGGUACCCAGAUCAGGUGCAGAAUCUAAGAGGAAAGGGGCAGGGGACAUUCAUUGCGUGGGAUAGUCCGAGGAGAGAAGAUUUCUUGAAGAGGGCGAAAACCUUGGGCGUGAAUAUUGGUGGCAGUGGGGGAAGAGCGAUUAGGUUGAGACCUAUGUUGAUUUUCCAGAAACAUCACGCCGAUAUUUUGCUCGAAGCAACUGAGAAGCUGAUCUCCACAUGA